UCCAGCUUUUGUGCGACAUAAACUUUCUGUCACCACGGUUCCUUGUUUCUAUUCAUCCGCUGCAGUUUCAAGCUUUGUUUUUUAUGCAACACAGGAUUUCUCAGAAGAAGAGAGUUCACACUCUGGUUUUCAGCGCCGAACGUGAUGAUGGGACUCACUUUUCUCCGUGUGCUGUGGUUAUUCUUGCUAAAUAUACUCCUGCACUGUGGACAUGCUCAAGACUCUGUGCUGACCAUCGAGCCAAACUGGUCCAGUUUCUUUACCGGGGAGUCUGUGACCCUCACAUGUGACAUGAGAGAAGGACUAGAAGCUGACUGGUAUUACAGGAUCAUCAAGGACGGUCAAGACUAUAGCCCUUACUUAACAAAUAAGAUCUAUAAAUUAGAAAAUCUAAUUACUGGCAAAAGUGGUGAAUACCAGUGCUUUGGCCAUUACAAGAGCUCAACUGAGUUAAAAAAAAGUACUAAUAAAGUCUCUCUUACUGUAUUAGAUAACAAUGUCAUCCUGGCAAGUCCUGCAUCCACUAUGUAUCAAGGAGAAUCAGUGACUCUGCGCUGUCGACAUCGGACUCAGAGAAAGGAGAAGAAUGCGUCCUUCUACAGAGACGGAUCACUUAUCCUGUCAAAUAACACAGUUGAAAUAAGCGUUCAACUGCUGUCAGAUAGCAGCUCAUACAUGUGUAAAUUUAAUGAGGAUGAAGAAUCCCAACCAAUACGACUCAAAGUGGAACCACACAGACCAAAGGCCAAUCUGAGAAAAGACAACAGAGCCUAUGCAGGUGCGACCAACGUGACCCUGACCUGCUCAGUGAACCCAUCAUCGCCUGGUUGGAAGUACUUCUGGUACAGAGGCAAGAAAACCUCUGAACCGCUGACAACGCAAGAUGCUUUCUUCAUCUCCAAUGAAAAAAUCAGUGUCUCACAGGGAGCCCUCUACUGGUGCAGAGGAGGAAGAGGAGAGCCGGUUUACUACACCGAGUACAGCAAUUCAAUCGCAACAAACAAGGCUGUUGUGACGCUGCAGCCCAGCUGGCCUGAGAUAUACUAUCAUGAGAUGAUCACUCUUAAAUGUGAAAUUGAGAAUGGAGGAGACACUGAGUGGGAGUAUGCAUGGAUAUUACCCAGGUCAUACCUCCCAUAUCAUGAUCAGAAUGAAUACAUGAUUAGAGAUGCUCAGCUGUCAGACGCUGGAGACUACAGGUGUAUGGGCAGAGAGAAAAGUGGACAGUCCCAAACAAAGUGGAGUGAUAGUUUCAGUCUGACGCCAUCUGACAAAGCCCAGUCUGUCCUCACUGUGUCUCCAUCAUGGCUGAGUGCUGGAGCCUCAGUAACUCUGAACUGCAGAGUUAAAGAUCAAUCUGCAGGAUGGAGGUUCUACUGGUAUAAGACUGUUCCUAAAAUAUUUACCAGCUACUACAAAUAUGAGCUGCUACCUGGCAGCAGCAGUGGGACUGAACAGGAUUCCUACAUUGUUGAUGGACAGACACACACAGCAGGAUAUGUGUGCAGAGCUGGAAGAGGAGAUCCAGUGUUUCACACUGAUUACAGUCAACUUCAGUUUGUCUGGUCUGCAGAUUUUCAUCCAGCAGCGUCUCUCACAGUGAGUCCUGACAGAGUGCAGCACUUCAUCCAAGAUUCGGUGACACUGAAGUGUGAUGGAAACUCUACUAGUUGGAGGGUGAUGAAGUUCAGUGAAUAUGGCUUUGUGAGUCAGUGUUCCUACUGGGGAGCAGUGACUGGAUCCACAUGCAACACCCAUACGUCACAGUACAUUAAUGGAGUGUACUGGUGUGAGUCUGAAACGGGACAGUUCAGCAAUGCAGUCAACAUCACCGGACAGUACAGUGAAAUAAUCCUGGUGAACUCCGUCCAUCCUGUGGCCGAGGGACAUUCUGUCACCCUUGGCUGCAAGUUGAAGAGAGAAACUGUUCUUUCCAAUGUGGACUUCUACAAAGAUGGACAACUCAUCCAAAAUGGUACCAGGAGGGAGCUGACCAUCCCUGCAGUGUCAGCAUCAGAUGAAGGCUUCUAUAAAUGCAAAGGAAAAGAUUCACCACACGGUUUGCAGAGUUGGACAUCACCAGAGAGCUGGAUGUCAGUAAAAUCUGUGACCAGACCUGAAAGCUCCUCAUUUCCCGUGCUAUGGAUUGCUGGACUGGUUGGUGGAGUUUUACUGAUUCUUCUCCUACUUCUACUACUACUGGUGUGUCUGUAUCACCGCUACACAAAGUCAAAAGAAUCAUCUUUCAUCAGGUCACAGAGCACCAAUCAGGGCUCUGCGACGGACCACACGAUCAACCAGGAUGAAUCUCUAUUCAAAGAAAUGCCUUCUUCUCUCUAUGGUGACGCUGGUCUCUAUGAAUCAAUCAAAGGCCUUGAAGAAGCUGAACAUGAGGAAUCAAGUGAUGCCACAUAUUCGUCAAUCGAGCUCAGAAACAUUGGGAAGACUACUGGACCAGAGGAGGGCACUGUUUACUUAAACAUGAAGAUGGAAUCAGCUGGAGAUGACAGUGUGAUGUACGCCCAGGUUCACUGCCACAAUAAAGCCAAGAAAGACGACAGAAAAUCAAGUCCUGCUUCAGCGGAUGAAACCGUCUAUUCUGAAGUCAAGCCAGGAGCACCUUUGGGUCAAUAAAGAGAUCUGUAUCACUAAAAUCUAUGCAAUGGAUGGCAACAUGGAACCAAUGACAUCCAAAUAUCAGACAGUAUUUUGUAAAGUUAAUUUAAUAGCAGGUAAUUUCAAAGAAAUGCACCAUAUGAUAUCAAUCUUUUGUUGUAUCGUAAAGGCUAAUGACUAUUAUCAUGAUUUAAAUGAUGUGUGUAUUUGUCCUGUAUGUCACUUUAAAUUUUAAACCGAAUGUAGACAACUUUGUAAACUGGCUGCUCCAAAAGACUAUUUUAAUAUUUGAGCUACAGUUGGUUCUUUUCAGAUUCUGAUCAAGAAACUUCUCAGAUUUAUUUAAUUUGUUACAUUAUAUGUUAUGUGAUACAUCUGUAGACUUCCUUGUGCCUUAUUUUAAUGGUAAACCGUGUGGUUUAACCAAUAAACUUGCUCCUGCUGUAA